AUGGGCCGCGGCGGCCACGGCGGCGCCGGCGGCGGCGCGGGCCACUCGCACAGCGUCGAGUACCCCGACGACUCUUGGAACCUCUACCAGCACGUGGACCGCGCGGAGGCGCUGAACGCGCAGGACGGCGCCGACGCCGCGCGCGUGCUGCGGCCCUUCGUGCGGCGCCUCGACACCGACGGCAGCUUCGCCAGCGACGGCGACGAGGAGCUCCUCGUCAAGGUCACGUUUUUGGCGCCCGUCGCGCUCCGGCGCCUCAUGGUCAUCGGCUCCGGCGACCCGGAGUCCCACCCGAGCCACGUCAAGGUCUACGUGAACCGGGAGAACCUGGACUUCCAGUCCCUCGAGGACAUCCGCCCGGCCUUCGAGUCCGCGCUGCCGCCGAACGCGCCCGGCGAGGCCUACGUGAAUCUGCACCCGCCCCACGCCUUCGCCAGCGUCACGAACGUCGCCCUCUUCUUCGACGCGAACCACGGCGGCGCCGACGAGACGGCGCUCCAGUACGUCGGCAUGCAGGGCGACCACUCGCACGACAAGCGCGAGGCCGUCAACGCGACCUACGAGCUCCUCUGCCAGCACGGCACGACGGCGACGGCCGACGUCCAGAUGCAGGCGGGCAUGUAA